GAUAUAAAGCUGGCUGAAGGAGCAAAAGUAGCGGCGAGCUGAGCGGGAGAGAAGCACUUUGCGGGAGGCGGGAGCAUCGCCCCGCUCCUGCUGCUCUUUGCCGGGUUUGCUGCUCCUGAGCGAGGGGAGAGCGGCUCUCCCGGCACACGGAGUGAGCKCCGCUCUCGCCAAAGAGCUGUUCCCGAACUGGAGGAGAAGAGCGGCGUUCCAGAGAUGCUGUCCUGUUUCGUCUGGCUCACCCUCCCCWACUUGGUUAAAGCCUUCGUGACUCCAGGAAAAUUGUCCCUCAAUGGGAGCCUGGAGAAGACUUUUGCAGUCCCGAACGUGUCGGGUUUCUUUUCCUGGGAYAAUGACAGCCUGGCCGACUGGCGGAGCUUUGUGGAGAGGAGCCGGUACGGAGCGGAGUCGCAGAGCAUCACGGUGAAAGCCCUGCUCAUCGCGGCGUACUCCUUCAUCAUUGUYUUCUCCCUCUUCGGCAAUGUCCUGGUCUGUCACGUUGUCAUCAAGACGAAGCGGGUGCACUCUGCCACAAGCUUGUUCAUUGUGAACCUGGCUGUAGCUGAUAUCAUGAUCACGCUCCUCAACACACCUUUCACACUGGCUCGUUUUGUGAACAGUACCUGGAUCUUUGGGAAGGGGAUGUGCCAUGUCAGUAGGUUUGCACAGUACUGCUCUCUCCACGUCUCUGCCUUGACUCUUACAGCCAUUGCUGUGGACAGGCACCAGGUUAUAAUGCACCCGCUGAAACCUCGUAUAUCUGCUGGAAAAGGUGUUAUCUACAUCUCUGUAAUCUGGAUCAUGGCAGCUUGCUUUUCCCUACCACAUGCUAUCUACCAAAAGCUCUUUACCUUUGAGUACAGUGAGGAUGUUACCCGGUGCCUGUGUCUGCCAGAUUUCCCUGAGCCUGCCGACCUCUUUUGGAAGUACCUUGAUUUAACAACCUUCAUUUUGCUCUACGUCCUACCUCUUGUGAUCAUCUCUGCUGCCUAUGUGACAGUGGCAAAGAAACUCUGGCUGCGCAACRUCAUCGGGGACGUCACCAGUGAGCAGUACUAUGUCCUUCGCAAGAAGAACAAGAAGACCAUCAAGAUGCUGAUGCUUGUUGUCAUCCUUUUUGCAGUUUGCUGGUUCCCCUUGAACUGCUAUGUUGUUCUCCUCUCCAGCCAAACCAUCCACACCAACAAUGCCCUGUACUUCGCCUUCCACUGGUUUGCAAUGAGCAGCACCUGCUACAACCCCUUCAUCUACUGCUGGCUCAAUGACAGCUUCCGAUCGGAGCUGAAGGCGCUGCUCAACAUGUGCAGAAAACCCCCCAGGCCCAYGGAACAGAGGCUUCCCUCCACAGUCCCAUCCUAUCGACUGGCUUGGCCUGAAAAUGGCAAUUUCAAGAGGCUGCAGGCCUCCCGUGUCCUUCCACCAUCCUCCAACAUCCASUCAGGAAAGACAGACAUCUCUGCAGUUGAGCCAAUAGUAGCUGUGAGCUAAACGGUGACCCUGGGAAAUCUGUAAGGACUGCACAUAGAUUUGGCAAGAGCUAAAACAGUGGGGARUUGUGGAGCCCUGACCACACUACAGGUGAUAAAACUGAGAAGGAUCUGCAGGAGGAAGUAUGAAAUAGCUGCAUGUUUGAUGCAGGCUGAUGACAAUGGCAURGAGCCCCUAGAAGGGAGAAAGUAAACUUUUCCCAGGAAGGAACCUUUGUCUUUGCCAAGGUGACUUUGGACUGGCUUGCAGAAUGGGAUUCUCUGCAUGUGUGUUGCUGUAACCUGCAUGCCUAAGCCUUUUUAGUAUUAGGACUGUGUGUGUGUUCUGCUGGUGCUCAAACACUGAAGCUGCAGUCUCAUCACAUCUCAAAGGCCUCCCUUCCYCUUUUCUGAAUCUCCUCACAGCAACAUGGAAAUGGUUGGAAACUGUAGACCUCUAGGUUGCUAUUUGAGACUCAGUGCAACUGGGCAGGAGAUCUGAAAAGUCAAGACCUGCUCAGAAUGAAUGAACAGAUCUAGUCCACAGACGUAUUUAUUUUUGGUGGAAAUAUCCUUAGAGAAAUGGAGGAUAUGAUAGACAUUGAUAAAAAGAAGUGUCUUAYAUCACAGACACUUUUUCUAAGAUAGAUUUGAAGAAAAGUGGAUGCCUAUUCUUCAAGUAAGUAGAUAGCUUUUAUAGAUAACUAAACCCAAAAGUGUGCAAGAAGUUGGACAUGCCAUCCACAGUUGGGGAAUGGAUUAUUACAUGCUACUGUGAAUUUGAAAUAGGACCUUUUAUCAGAGCACCUUUGCAUCAUUGUCAAGUGGCAGCUAAAAGAUCCCACAGUCUGACUUUUUAUCCUGCCUUUAAAUGUUGCUCUCUUACCCUGUAAAGCGCCCAUAUACUUGU